CCGUCUCCGUCCGUCCGUGCGUCACCCACUCACCGUGUGUGGCGGCCGCCGCCCACGGCGACGUGCGCCUCCUUCCUCCCCUCCCUCCCCACUCCCGUGACGUCACCGCCACCCUCCGCCCCAUUCCCACCCACCUAACCAAAGCCGCACCACACGUCCCGAGGCAGGCGAAGGGGCAGAGAGGGAGCGGCCAUGGCGGCGGUGGUCGGCGUCCUCGCGCUGCAGGGCUCCUACAACGAGCACAUGGCCGCGCUGAGGAGGAUCGGGGCCAAGGGGGUGGAGGUGCGGAAGGCGGAGCAGCUGCUUGGCAUCGACUCCCUCAUCAUCCCCGGCGGCGAGAGCACCACCAUGGCCAAGCUCGCCAACUUCCACAACCUCUUUCCUGCACUUCGAGAGUUUGUCGGCACAGGAAAACCCGUAUGGGGAACCUGUGCUGGGCUCAUCUUCCUUGCUAACAAGGCAGUAGGGCAGAAAACAGGAGGCCAGGAGCUUGUUGGUGGACUAGAUUGUACUGUCCACCGUAACUUUUUUGGUAGCCAGCUUCAAAGCUUCGAAACAGAACUUUCAGUGCCAAUGCUUGCAGAGAAGGAAGGAGGGAGUCAUACAUGCCGUGGCGUAUUUAUACGAGCACCUGCUAUCCUAGAAGUAGGCCAGGAUGUUGAAGUAUUAGCCGAUUGCCCUGUUCCUGCUGGCAGACCCAGCAUUACAAUAACAUCUGGCGAGGGUUUGGAGGACCAAGUGUACUCCAAAGAUCGGGUGAUUGUUGCAGUUCGGCAAGGGAACAUCCUUGCCACCGCAUUCCACCCAGAGCUAACAUCAGACUCUAGAUGGCAUCGCCUCUUCUUGGACAUGGACAAAGAAUCUCAAGCAAAGGCCUUGGCUGCGCUAUCGCUAUCUGCAUCCUCAAACGAUGCAGAUGUUGGGUCGAAGAAUAAGGCUCCUGAUCUACCCAUUUUCGAGUAGAGCUAGGAAACCCGAAAUUUGAUUAUCCGGUUGGUGACAGGAAAGGAUUCUGGGCAUUUGUUAUGCCCAGUCCAAAGAAUAUUUUUGGCGUCAAAGCUGUGCCAAUCAAAAUAAUGGCCAUUGUGCUCCAAACACUAUGAUAUUGCUAUGACAAGGAGGCUGACCAGUUGGAUUGGAUC